UCUCCAUCUCCGCCUCGAUUCUCCAUCUCUGAUUCUCCAUCUCCUCCUCGAUUCUCCAUCUCCCCCUCGAUUCUCCAUCACUCUCCUUCAUCGCCGCUUCUCCCCGCUCCGAUUCAACUCCUGUUCUACAUCUCUUAGGUGAAUUAAGAUGGGACGUGCAAAGCAGACUAAACGUGGAAGGAGACAAUCAAAGAAGUCAAAAAAGGCAGAUGAUGACGAAGUUGAGUUCGUUUGUACUAUCCAAACACAUGAAGAAGAACAUGAAGAGGAACGUGGGCAGCGACAUGAACAUGAAGAGGAACAUGUGGAGGAACGAGAACCGGAAGAGGAACAUGAGGAGGAGCAACAACAGGAAGAGGAGCGUCAACCAGAGCAACAUAAUGGCGACGAGCCUGAAGGUGAGAUAGAACAUACUCAGGAGGCUGAAGGUGGAACCUCCCGUAGGAGAAAGCGUGGUCCAACAAUGAUGAGAGACCUAGCCAAAGAUCCAAAUACCAGAGUUCAUGUCGAUUUCACUUUUAUGGGAGAAGCUUAUGGUCCUGGUUCAGUCAAGCUAUCUUCAUAUUUGGGUCCGUUGGUAAGGGAGCACGUGCCUGUUACAGUUGAAAAUUGGAAAAAAAAUUACUGAAGAAGUGAAGACAGUGCUUUGGAAAUCAGUCCAGGCAAGGUUUGAACUUGAUGAGGACCACCAAAGGGUUGCAGUUCUUAAGCAUAUGGGAGCCUUGUGGAGAUCAUCCAAGUCACGUCUUGUUACCCAAAUCAAUGAAGCUGAAAAUAACCAACAAAGGAUGAAUCUCAGACCUAAGAAUGUUCAUCCAAUUGAGUGGCGCAAAUUUGUGAAGCUAAAAACAAGCCAAGAAUUCAAGGUUCUGAGUGAUAGCUACAAAGAGAGGAGAAGCAAACAGAUUCCUCACACUUGUAGUAGAAAGGGAAUGGUUAGACUAGCAGAAGAGAUGAAAAAUAGUUCUGAAGACAAAUCUGAAGUGUCGAGACUUAAAGUCUGGGUGAGGUCACGUAAAAGAAAAGAUGGAACUCCCAUCAACACAAAUGCUGCUGAGAAGAUUCAAAAGGCAGCUGAGAUUGUUAAGGGUGGUAGUCAGAGUGGAAAAAAUCUGGAUGAAGAUACGCUCAUCCAGGUCUUAGGACCUGAUAAUCCUGGUCGUAUGAGAGCAAUGGGGAGGAAUAUUAGUAAGACGAAAUUAGCUUGCUUCAAUGUCAACCAGAAGUCAAUUUCUGAAAUGCAACAGACACAAAUUCAUCUCAUGCAAAAGGUUAAUGAGCUACAGUCUGAACUUACGAAAGUAAAAAACCAGAGAGAUGACAAUGAAGUGGGGGAAAACUCGGCUGCAAGAGUAAGCAAUUUAUAUGAGAUCAAUGGAAUUUUUUUCUACUUUACACUACUCUUAUACUUUAACAACUAACAUUUAACGGAGUGUGAACAAGAUACCACAAAAGAAGUGUCUUCUCAUUGACUGGGCUGAUGAAGAUGGAAACGUUGCUGAGGGUCGUAUCAUUUCUUCUGACCUUGAAGACAUAGUGAAUGACAGUCGAUUAGGUCCUAAUGAUGUUAAAGUCUUGGUUGAUGAAGCUACUGAACCUGAAGCAUUCCUCUGGAGACCUGCGACUAACAUGUGCACAAUUAAGGAAGCUGUUGGUCAUAUUAUUGCAUGGCCGAAGAAAAAAUGCGUGGAACUAGGUCUGGGGCUUGAACAUGAAGACAUUGCACCACUGGUAAAUGUUUUUCAUUCUUGCAGUUACAUAGUUAAUAAGGUCAUGAUUUCGCCUAUGAUAACUUCUUUUUCCGAAUGUGUU